UUUAGGGGUUCAACAGUAAUAUUUGGUGGUUACCUGCAACUAUGAAGCUGGGAAACUUGGAGUUAAGAAACUUAUGAAUGUCAGAGAUGCAAAAGAAAAGCGUCCACAGCUGGUAUUAGUUAAUGGAGAAGACCUGACCCACUACAGAGAAAUGUCUUAUGAGGUUACAGAAUUAUUGGAAGAAUUUGGUCCCGUUGUUGAGAGCAGAUUUGAUGAACAUUUUGUGGAUCUAACAGAAACGGUUGAGAAGAGACUACAGCAGCUGCAAAGUGAUGAACUUUCUGUGGUGACUGUGUCGGGUCAUGUAUACACUAAUCAGUCUAUAAACCUGCUUGACAUCUUGCACAUCAGACUAGUUGGAUCUCAGAUUGCAGCAGAGAUGCGGGAAGCCAUGUAUAAUCGGUUGGGGCUCACUGGCUGUGCUGGAGUGGCUUCUAAUAAACUGUUGGCAAAAUUAGCUUCUGGUGUCUUUAAACCAAAUCAACAAACAGUCUUAUUACCUGAAAGUUGUCAACAUGUUAUUCAUAGUUUGAAUCACAUAAAGGAAAUACCUGGUAUGGGCUAUGAAACUGCCAAAUGUCUUGAAGCACUGGGUAUCAAUAGUGUGCGUGAUCUCCAAACCUUUUCACCCAAAAUUUUAGAAAAAGAAUUAGGCAUUUCAGUUGCUCAGCAUAUCCAGAAGCUCAGUUUUGGAGAGGAUAACUCCCCUGUGAUACCCUCAGGACCGCCUCAGUCCUUUAGUGAAGAAGAUUCAUUUAAAAAAUGUUCAUCUGAAGUUGAAGCUAAAAAUAAGAUUGAAGAACUACUUGCUAGUCUUUUAAACAGAGUAUGCCAGGAUGGAAGGAAGCCUCAUACAGUGAGAUUAAUAAUCCGUCGGUAUUCCUCUGAGAAGCACUAUGGUCGUGAGAGUCGUCAUUGCCCUAUUCCUUCACAUGUAAUUCAGAAGUUAGGGACAGGAAAUUAUGAUGUGAUGACCUCAAUGGUUGAUAUGCUUAUGAAACUUUUUCGAAAUAUGGUGAAUGUGAAGAUGCCAUUUCACCUUACCCUUCUAAGUGUGUGCUUCUGCAACCUUAAAGCACUAAAUACUGCUAAGAAAGGGCUUAUUGAUUAUUAUAUAACGCCAUCAUUAUCAACAACUUCACGCUCUGGCAAGCACAGUUUUAAAAUGAAAGACACUCAUAUGGAAGAUUUUCCCAAAGACAAAGAAACAAACCGGGAUGUCCUACCAAGUGGAAGAACUGACAGUACAAGAACUAGGGAGUCUCCACUAGAUACCACAAAUUUUUCUAAAGAAAAAGACAUCAAUGAAUUCCCACUCUGUUCACUUCCUGAAGGUGUUGACCAAGAAGUCUUUAAGCAGCUUCCAGUAGAUAUUCAAGAAGAAAUCCUUUCUGGAAAAUCUAGGGAAAAAUUUCAAAGGAAAGGAAGUGUGAGUUGUCCAUUACACGCCUCUAGAGGAGUAUUAUCUUUCUUUUCAAAAAAACAAAUGCAAGAUAUUCCCAUAAAUCCUAGAGAUCAUUUAUCUAGUAGCAAACAGGUAUCCUCUGUAUCUCCUUGUGAAUCGGGAACAUCAGGCUUAAAUAGCAGUAGUUCUUCUUACAUGUCUAGCCAAAAGGAUGAUUCAUAUUAUUUAGAUAAUAGAUUAAAAGAUGAACAAAUGAGUCAAGGACCUAAAGAACCUCAAGGAUUCCACUUUACAAAUUCAAACCCUGCUGUGUCUGCUUUUCAUUCAUUUCCAGACUUGCAGAUUGAGCAACUUUUCUCCAAAAACCACACUACAGAUAGCCAUAAGCAAACAGUAGCAACAGACUCUCAUGAAGGACUUACAGAAAAUAGAGAGCCGGAUUCUGUUGAUGAGAAAAUUACUUUCCCUUCUGACAUUGAUCCUCAAGUUUUCUAUGAACUACCAGAAGUAGUACAAAAGGAACUGCUGGCAGAGUGGAAGAGAACAGGAUCAGAUUUCCACAUUGGACAUAAAUAAGCAUAUUCAGCAAAAAGGUCUGAAAA